AUGUCAGAGCUCUUUGAUUCGCUCAAUCUGAGCACUUAUGCAGGCCCGUCUUCCUCGCAACAGUCUUCUUCUCAGCCGUCGACCUCGAAAGUGUUCUGGCACGCAUCGCCGUCUCCGAGCGUGCUUCGACAUCUGGCCAACUGGACACCAAGCAAGAGUCAAGACUCACCGACAUUACCUUUGUGCACACAGGCAUUUGUAGGCGAGCUCAAGAAGCUUCCAGGUGCAUACGAGGCUCAGUCGCCGCUCAUCUCGGCCAAGACAAGGAAGCUCGUUGAUGCAUCACGCGCGACUGUUAGACACGUCUCUGAUCCUACUCCAAACCGGGCUAAAGCUCGCGAGUACAUCAAUUUGGACGAUGACGACGAUCAAGACGAACAGAACAGCGCACCGAGAAGGCUGUUGCUAGGUGAAGUGGGCGAGUCAUCGCCUGAGUCGGCCAGGAGACGAACAAUGGACGCCGGCAACACGGGUAGGAUGCGACCACAAUCAUCACCUUCACAACACAGCUCGACAUCAGGCCAAAUAGCACUACUACGAUUCAACAAAAAGGAGCCACAACAGCAAACUGCGCCACAUCGACGUUCAGAUCGCCGUCCACUACGCAGACGGAAAAAGGAGUCGUUGAUUGCAGGACUGAACUUAACAGAUCAAUCGGGCCGUGCAACAGAUUGUUUGAAGUUGUUCGAAGAUCUGCAGGCGGCCAUCCAGGGAAUGCAGAGUGCUUCACGACCAUCGACAACCGAAUCGACAGAGACCGCACCCAGGGUGGUGGAUCAGCGUUCGACCGCUAUGUUUGACCGGAGCAGUAGCGCAGGAGCAGAGGGUGACAGACUGACAAUCAGGGAAGGAAUCAAUCGCACCACUUCGGCUCCAAACACUUUACGAGCGGCGCAUCAUUCGCAGCACGAGCAGAGGCGGUCUUCUCAGCAGCAGCAACACGAGUCGACGCAUACAGUUAGAGAUGAAGAUUUGACGCCACGUCGUGGGUUGCGCGCGGUCAAAUCAGAUCACGAUGUGUUCAGACCAGCGGGACAUGCAGAUUCAAUCGAGACACGGGCGCUCCAGCCUCGUCCGACUAAUGUAUUAUCCGCUCCGCGAGCCGAUCUUCAAGUUCAGUCAGACAUGCGAUCAAUAAAAGCACCAGCGGAGCUCUCCGAUCUCGAUGCGGUUUCCAGGUAUGGCCAGCCAAGGGCGCCUGUACAAAGUCGAGCCAAACCCGCCACCGCCACUGCCACUGCCACCACGCUCGCGCAGCCAUCUGCAGUCAAGCGUUCGGCGCGCAUCGAAGCGAUGCAGCAGACCACGAAUGGCAGCGGUAAGAAGCUCGGUGUACGUGCACCUUCGAUGCUAUGCAAACCGGUAUCGCCAUACGGCAACGCUGCUUCGUCACCCACUGGCGCACUCUCUCGCCGACCAGGUGGUUCUACGCGCGUGGGGCGGACGCGUACUCUGCCGCUGGGCAAGAUGUCACAGGCGCGACAGCCAGGGUUGGCGCGCAGCUGUUCACAGUCGAUCUCAGCUUCGCAGCACUCUCCUGCUGCCGGCGGUAGCAGCAGCUGUGGUGGGCAUGGCGGUAUCGGUCCAGCAGCACCGUUCAGGCCACCAGCUAUCGCAGGAAAACCAGCAACACCAGCGGUAGCGAGCAAGGUGAUAAGCUGUAGCCCUGUCAAGCGGUCGCGCAACGCAGGCCCCGCAUCGUCAGACGACAGCUUUGGAGAUGUCGAUGACGAUGCGGCUUUCCUAGCGCUGGCAUGCGAGUUCGAGUAUUGA